AUUGUGUCGCUAGCGCGACGUGAAUGCGAAAAAAAGGUUAAAAUAUAUAUAUAUAUAGGCCUAUAUAUGUAUUAAUAUGAGUAAAACCCCAGUUUAGCAUAGAGAAUCUUGGGUAAAAGUCCUCCUAACACCGCGAACUAUAUAGACUGCGCAAGUGGUCUGGAAGACUUUUUUUUUUUUUUUUGAAUUUACAGUCUUUUAGUAAACAAAACAUAUUUGAGAACAGAUAUGGCGCUUACCGAUGCUGACGUACAAAAACAGAUUAAGCACAUGAUGGGCUUCAUUGUGCAAGAGGCCAGUGAGAAAGUUGAGGAAAUUGAUGCUAAGGCGGAGGAAGAGUUUAACAUCGAGAAAGGUCGUCUGGUGCAGACCCAGAGGGUGAAAAUCAUGGGAUACUUUGAGAAGAAGGAAAAGCAGAUUGAACAACACAAGAAAGUCCAGAUGUCCAACCUGCUAAACCAAGCAAGGCUAAAGGUGCUGAAGGCACGCGACGACAUGAUCACGGAUUUGUUGAAUGAAGCUCGUCAAAGACUUGCAGAGAUUGCCAAGGACCCUGCUAGUUACUCUACCCUGUUGGAGGGCCUGGUGCUUCAGGGAUUCUAUCAACUGCUGGAACAUAAAGUUACCAUUCGCUGCCGGCAGCAGGAUGUAGAAAUGGUUCAGGCUGCUGUAGAUAAGGUCAGCCCUAUCUACAAAGAGGCAGUGAAGAAGAACAUAGUUGUCAAAAUCGACCUGGAACGCUUUCUUCCGUCAGGAAUCUGCGGAGGAGUGGAAGUAUAUAAUGAUAAUGGGAAGAUCAAGGUUUCCAACACUUUGGAGAACAGGCUUGAACUUAUGGCACAACAGAUGAUGCCUGAAAUCAAAGUGGACCUGUUUGGUGCCAAUCUCAACCGUAAAUUCACGGAUUAACUGGCAUUGAAGAAAGCAGUGUGGACACAGGUGGAAUAUACUGUAUGAGGUGACCACAGACCAUCAUCAAAGUGAGCAAGAGUCUGCACAAUCAACUACCAA